AUGUUUCGAGCAGUGCUAGGCCACGCAAGGCCAGCGUUCCGUAGCGGAUCUCAGCUUGAGGUCCGCCGAACGGUUUCAACCAGGGCUGCGGAACGAACACCACCUACUCCGCAAACUCACGUUCCGGUCCUUCUUUCUGAGGCGGUUGGCCAUCUCGUCAAAGGAGUGGAAGGGGUGGACACGUCCCGACAGAGGAUCUUUUGCGACGCCACCUUUGGAGCAGGUGGGUAUACACAAAGGCUACUCGAUACCGUCGACUGCAAAGUCAUCGCGGUGGACGUCGACCCUGUAGCACAUAAGCGGGCUGUGGAGCUGUCUCAGGAAGGCGCUUACGCGGGGCGUCUACUGCCGGUUCAUGGGAGAUUUGGCGAUCUUGUGCCUUUGGUUCAGGCGACUCUCAAUUCUCAAGGCCAGUGUCUAGACGGUAUUCUCUUCGACAUAGGAGUAUCAUCGGGACAACUGGACGAGGCUCAUCGAGGAUUUACGUUCAGGUUUAAGGGACCUCUAGAUAUGCGGAUGGCAUCGACUGGGGACGGAGGCGAUUCGGGGAAGCUUCUAGACCAUUCGAUCACGGCUGAAGUCGUGGUCAAUCAAUUUGCGGAGGCAGACCUCGCGAACAUAAUUUACGAGUACGGCGAGGACAGAAUGUCACGCCGGAUUGCGCAGGCUAUAGUGAACGCAAGAGCAAUCAAGCCGAUUACCACUACCGUGCAGCUGGCAGGCAUUGUUGCAUCAGUGGUUCGCGGACGGUAUGGCGCGCGAGGGGAGGGUUUCAAACAUCCGGCGAUGCUUACAUUCCAAGCGCUGCGGAUCUACGUCAACGAUGAACUGAACCAGCUGCGAAGAGGAUUGAAAUCUGCGGAACUGCUUCUUCGACCAGGAGCGCCUCUCGUGUGCGUCUCUUUUCACUCUCUGGAGGAUCGAAUCAUCAAGCAGUUCAUGAAGAAAUGCGCAAUCGAUCAAUCGGGUGCGCACACAAGUCCAAGUAUGGCCGACACGUCUCCAUUCGUGUCUCCUGAAAUGGACGAGCUCGACGUUGACCUGAUGUCCCGGCGGGGGCUGGAUGCGAUAUCCUCCACAAGGGAGGCCGAAAAGAGCAGGAUAAGAGAAAAGAGGCAGAAGUAUGAGAAUACCGACAAAAAGGUGGCUGCGUGGGGCCAUGGCGGCGCAGACGUCGAGUCAGAUUCAAUAGAUGAAUUGCCGCUAGCCCCAAGUUUCAGUAUCCUGACGAAGAGAGCAGUCAAACCUUCUCGAGAAGAAGUCUACAACAACCCACGAUCUCGCUCCGCAAAGCUGCGAGCGGCGGUUCGAACGGCUAAUCCACCAUGUUUCCCAUACGAGCUCGGUUGA